AUGGGAAAUGGGGGUGAGAAGGUAUGGUGGGCAAAAGUACUGAAGCAUUACAGGAAGACCAAGAGCGAUUUUGAUUUGUACUUCUGGAGAGCGUACUGGGACUUCCGUUUCAUGGUAUGGGAUGUGAAUAAGAGGACCCCGGCGAUGAUGUACGACAGAUUGAACGUUGUCAAGGCGACCAGCCCGGCCGACAAGAGCUAUCACAUUUACAUCAACUGUCUAAGCUUCUACGAAUUCUAUCAUGGUCCAACGUACAAUCCUAUUCACGUUUAUGGGCCAAAGUUCAAAACUGACUAA